GGGGCUCCUCCCUUGGGACUCGUUUUCUUGACCUUGUGGGUCUACUCUCCGCCCCGGGACCGAUGCGAUGCCUGUCCUGACGGCCGUUUCCGCGCUCGCGGCGGGAGCGGCGGUGCUGCUUUGCCGUUCCAGGUGUCACUCAUUGCGGUCAAAUGCGCAAUUGGCGAAGACUUCAGGAGCUGGUAACGAUGAGUCUCAACUUUGCGAGCAGAAGCGGCCCAACAUCCGCAACGCAGAGAAAGACAGGCCAGCCAGCUGUGCCUUCGCCGAGCGCGUGGCGUCCACCGCCAAGGAGGCCUAUUUGCUCAGGAGGCCGCUGGCACAUCGCCAGACCGUUUUGGCGUCCAUUUUGGCGCUUCGUGGAGAGGAACUCUUCGUGAUUUCCUUUGGUGUUGGAACGAAGUUUCUCGACGGUGAGGCGAUCUCCCAUAGAGAUGUGGUGCGCGAUCUCCAUGGUGAGGUCCUGGCCAGAAGGGGGUUCUUGCGCUUUCUCCACGAGGACGUGCUGCGCUGCCUCUCUGGGGAGGAGGCAGAGCUCGUGGAACACAAUGGAGAGGAGGGGUGCAAGUUGCGUGAUGACGUCUCCUUGCACCUCUACACUUCGUCGGUUCCAUGUGGCAAUGCUUCCUGGAAGAGAUGGGCCAAGGGAGGCAGUACUUGUUCCCACGUGGAUCCAAACAGCCCUUUGUGGCCCAAGCAGAUGCACCCGCAGAUCCAUUUCCAUGCACGAGCAGAAGGUCAAGCAGCCUUCCUGGUGAAGAGUGAGUCAAAGGAACUCCAAGCAAUGAACAAAUCAAUUGGUCCUUUGCCGGUGGGUACUGCGCUUUUCCAGUCAGAGCUGGGCCGUCGAGAGCAGGGCCCCCUCACCUGCAGCGACAAAGUGGCCCAAUGGUCCGCGCUGGGCCUCUGCGACGACCUCCUCAGCGCCGCCUUCGCGGCUUCGACGCCUCGCCUCGCCAGCUGCACGAUUGGCCGGAAGUUCUCCUGGCCGCACGCUGCUCGAGCUUUGUGCUGUCGACUUCAAGGCUUUCACAGAGGUCAGAUGAAGGAGCUCCCUCAAGGCUAUGGCCUUCAACACUUGGAUUUGUUUGGAUGCAGCGUCAAGUUGGAUGAUGGUGUUUACGAGGAUGGAGCGGGUGCCGACUUCACCGAGCAUCGCUGCUUGGUUUGGACCCGGGGAGAUGAGGCGGCUGAGAUCCUCGAUGGUCGCACGGGAUUGGUGGCCGAGACUGGUGCCAUCUCACGCAUUUCGAAACUGAGUUUGACCGAGCUGGCCAGCAAAUGGCAGGAAUUCAUUCCUGCCAAGGCUCUUGAAGAGCGGCGGAAGGCCUACAGAGAAGCAAAGACGCUGGGACCGCCGGCAUGGCAUGCUACCGCCCAUGAGGAGUUGGGUCUACAGGUUCUCUGGAGAGGGGAUGGACAGAGUACUGUAUACAGUAUAUAUAGACGUAUAGAUCUCAGAAGAUGUGUUCAGGAGAUUUUAGGUGCGUUCACAUUCUUCUACACAUGAAUGCCUCGUGUGCUUAUCGCGAACUCGACAUAAAAGAUAUGUCUCAAGCUUGAGGGCUGAACCCCUUUUUGUACUUGUUGUGCAUCAAAUAAGUCUGCAGAUAAUUCCUGCAUUGAGAGUUUUGAGCCACUUCAAGAGAUUGAUCGAUCAAUCGCGAGUCAUCGCCGCUGAUGUGCAGCUG